CCCCCACCAGACGCAGACGCCGCCACAACGAGACGCGUUCCGGUCGCAAAGUAUAGUAAACUAGCCACGCACGCCUCGCUCCAUCGCCUUGCUUUCUUCCCUCGCCAGUUCGUUUUUAUACCCCCCGCGCGCGCCCGCGGCACCGAGAAACGCGCCGACGAUGCCGACGCGGACGCGGACGCCGACGCCUGGCCGCCAUGCGCUGCUGCUGGCGGCGCUCGUCCUCGCGGCCGGCGCGGUCGCGCAGGCGGACGACGACGACGCGUGGGACAGGAAGAGCGACCACGGUGGCGGGAGAGGGGUCGUGUACGGCGCGAGGAAGCCGCCCAGCUUCAGCGCGCCCAUGGUGGUGCUCCUCGUCGCGCUCAUCGCCACCUUCUUCUUCAUCGGCUUCUUCUCCAUCUACAUCCGCCAGUGCGGCCGCGGCAACUCCCCCACCAUCCCGGCCGCCGCGUUCCUCGUGCUGUCGCGCCAGCAGGAGCAGCAGGAGCAGCAGCAGCAGGCCCGCCCGCGCGGGCUCGACCCCGAGGUGGUCGCCUCGUUCCCCGCCAUGACCUACGCCGAGGCGAGGGCGCUCCGGGACAAGGGCGGCGACGACGCGGCCGUGCUCGAGUGCGCCGUCUGCCUCAGCGAGUUCGAGGACGGGGACCAGCUCCGGCUCCUCCCCAAGUGCAGCCAUGCGUUCCACCCGGACUGCAUCGGGGAGUGGCUCGCCGGCCACGUCACCUGCCCCGUCUGCCGCUGCAGCCUCGCCCCCGAGGAGCCGGCCCCGGCCGCGGCUGAAGAGAACGGCGCCGGUGCGGAGGAGCAGCGGGCGCCGGAGGUGGCCAUCGACAUGGACCGCGAGGGCGACGGCGAGGCGCAGGAGGAGAGGAUGAGAGAGGCGGCGGAGCUGGAGCGGAUCGGCAGCCUGCGCCGGGCCGUGCGGUCGCGGUCGGGGCGGCCGUUCUCGCGCGCGCACUCGACGGGCCACUCCCUCUCCGCCCGGUUUGACGGCGACCUGGAGCGGUUCACGCUGCGCCUCCCGGAGCACGUGCGCAGGGACAUGGUGGCCGCGGGCGAGGAGAGCCUGCGCCGCACGGUGGCGCGGGACGCCGGCGCGCGGAGCGCGCGGAUCGGCCGGUCCGACCGCUGGCCGUCGUUCAUCGCCAGGACGUUCUCCUCCAGGGUGCCGUUCUGGGCGGCCUCGAGGAGGGCGCCGGACGCGGAGCCGGUGGGAGCGCCCGCCCCUACGACCCCGACGGCGCCGCCGCUGCCAAGAACCGUUCGUGAGAAGGCGCCGGACGGGCCCGUCGUGGGCUCGGCCACCAACAAGGGGAGUGUGCGGUUCGACUGCCUCGGCGGCAGGGUGGACGGCGACAGCGAGGAGGAGCCGGAGGAGGAGAAGGCGAUCGUCCGGCGAGCCUGAACGCGCGCGCGGCGGGAUUCGAUCGUCGGUCUCGGUGCGCCGCCGUCCACUCUCGGUCGAUGGUCGCAUCGGAGCACCACCAAACGUCAACGCGCGGCACAUACCGCAUUAAUUAGCGGGUCUCAUCAGGAAUCAAUGCGCGACGAGGAUUUGAAAAUGAGAUGCCGCGGGCUCGUCACUGUCGACGUACGUAGAGGAGUACCCGCCAUGGCGCCAUGUGAUCUUCGUGGAAGAAGCAGCAGCUCAUGCGCGCGCACGGAGCACGCACCGCUGAAGAAUAUGGAUUUUUUUUUGAAAGGGAAGAAUUUCUGUUGAAAUCUGUUGCCGACUUUGCUUUCGUUUUCUUAUUUUUUGUGAUAUUGGUGGCGUACAUAGCGUUGAAAGAUUCAGAUUUUCAUUGCCGUUGAAUGAAUAAACAGGGGCCGGGGUCAGUCGGUGUGUA